AUGCACGAUGACCAGGCACUGUCCCAACGAGAAGACCUGGCCAGGAUAGUCGACCAUCUCCCACACCCAGACGACUACGCUCAUAUACGGCAUCUCGACUUGCGACCGUCUUCUUCGCGUGCGGCCGUCGAAGACGACAUACUAGCUCAAAUUCUCAGCUCAUGCCCCCAUCUCGAGACAGCGGUUCUGUCGGGGGCACCCGAAUUAUCAGACAGAUCGCUCAUUCUUCUCGCGGAGACGUCUUCCAACCUACAGGGGCUCGGGCUCUCGGAUUGUCGAAAUAUCACCGAUGUUGGCAUCCUCGAACUUACUACAAAAUCGCUUCCAUUGCAGUGGGUACAUCUGAAUGGAGUGCUCUGCCUCACGGAUCCAUCUAUUUCCGCUAUAGCAAAGACUUGCGCGAAGCUGUCAGAACUCGACUUACGUGACCUUCCACUUUUGACGCCUCUUUCAAUCCGGGAUGUUUGGACGUAUUCACGGAAGCUACGGUCCUUACGCCUAGCGCGCUGCGCGCUCCUCACGGACAAGGCUUUCCCGUCACACCUCGGCGCGUCUGAAGACUCGUUGGGUUUAACGGAGGAAGAAAAACCCCUUCCUCCAAGGCCCACCACAUGGAUCGACAAACUACCGCCUUUGAUGCUUGCACAUUCGGCCGACAAUCUUCGCGUUCUGGACAUCUCGUACUGCGACAAGAUUACGGAUGAUGCCAUCGAAGGUAUCGUCAUUCACGCACCGAGAAUACAAAAUUUGGCGCUGGCUGGUUGUACCCAGUUGACCAACAAAGCCAUCGACCACAUAUGUCUGUUGAUGGACAAUCUUGAUUCGCUCUCUUUGGCACACGUGUCAAACGUAACGGACGGUGCGAUUGUAAAGUUGGUGCGAUCCUGUCCCAACCUUCGAAGUGUGGAUUUAGCAUUUUGCCGAAAUCUUACCGAUAUGUCGAUAUUUGAGCUCGCCAGCUUGAGUAGCUUGCGACGGUUGAACCUCAUCCGGGUGCAUAAGCUCACAGAUAUUGCCGUCCAUACGCUGGCCGAACACGCUAUAUUUCUCGAAAGUUUACGAAUCUCGUAUUGCGAUCGUCUAUCGUUGGAAGCAGUCCACUUAUUGCUAAAACGGCUUCGCCGUCUACAGCAUCUGGCAGUGACCGGGGUGCCAGCAUUAAAAAGGAAGGGAACAAUUCGCUUCUCUGACCCUCCACCAUCCAGCUACAAUGCUGAUCAGCAAGCUGUCUAUCGCGUCUUCUCUGCGGAGAACAUUGUUCGACUCUGCAAGUUUCUGGAUAAAGAAGAACGACGACGAAGGGAAUCCGAGGUCAAGAAUAUUCCAUUUACUGAGCGCUCCGACGAUGAAAUGGCGUUGUACUGA